AUGAAUUUUCAACCACAACCUUCAUUACAAACUCCGCAACAACAGCAACCCAUUCAAUCCAUUUUACAAAACAAUACCCCAUCCACACUGCCACCUCAGCAAUCAAUGCAGCAACCACCUCAACUACAAACACCACCACUACAACAUCAAAUACAACAAGAUAAUCCCUCUUCACCUUUUUUUAAUAAAUUAAAAAGACGAAUGGAUACAGAAGAUAAUGAUGGAUUUCAAACAUGUAAAAAAUUUUUAUCCCAAGCUAUGGCUGAUAAAAUUGGAUUUCUUUCAAUAAGUGAUAAUAGCCCAAUGUCGCCAAAUCAAAUUAAUGGCUCUCCAAUACUAAAUAAUAAUAAUUUAUUUCUUAAUAAUAAUAAUAAUACUAAUCAUAAUAAUAACAUUUUACCACCAAUAGAUAUCAAUAAUCCAUUUAACCUUCAUUCAUCGUCAAUUACAAAUAAUGUACUAUCACCAUUUAUCCCACCCAAAGAAAAUAAUGUAAAUAAUAAUAAUAACAAUAAUAAUAAUAAUAAUAAUAAUAAUAAUAAUAAUAAUAAUAAUAAUAAUAAUAACAAUAACAAUAACAAUAAUAAUAUAAAUAAUAAUAAUGGAGAUAGUACAAUGAUGAAAAUAGAAGAUAUAAUUGAAAAAGAUAAGGACAAGAACAAGGAUAAAGAUAAUAAAAAUAAUAGCUCAUUAGCAAUUGUACCACUUUCAUCCUCUACAUCUAAAUCUUCAUCUGAAUUAUUGGGAUCAUUAACAAAUAAAUAUAAUCCAAACUAUAGUAAAAAAGAAAUAGAUGCAGAUAAAGAUUUUAAAGAUAAAAUACAAAACAUUACCAAAGUUGAAACUAUAAAACCAUUAAAUGCAAUGUUAUCACAAUUACCUACAAUUAAAUCCCCUGAAAGUAAAACAACAGCAAUAAUAUUAUAUUCGGAACCUUUAGAAGUUAUAUCGGGAUCAUAA